AUGCCUCCCAUCUUCCCCAGGGACUUACUCUUAGGCACUGUUGCCGUACAAGAAUCCCAUUUGGGCCAGAAGGGGCAGCUUGAAACUCUGGAAAGUACUAUGCUUCCUGUAUUACAGGUGGAAUACUCGCCUGCGUACGUAACAAUCUCGAUACACCCAUUCCGGGGUUCCACUUUAAGAUUCCUUUGCGGUUCAUCGACCCUACGACACUUAUGUUUUUUUCUCGGCUUGACGCACGCUGCCGUGACCCCCAUGGACUUAGCGAAAUGCCGACUCCAGGUCGACCCAACGAUGUAUAAGGGCAUCCUUGAUGCAUGGGGGAAGAUUGGCCGUGCUGAAGGAGCCCAUGGAGCGUUUAAGUACGGUGGAUACGAGUUCUUCAAGAAAUACUACGCCGACCUUCUUGGGGAAGACGUUUUUAGCUGCUGGAAAACACCGGUUUACCUUGCUGCAAGUGCAAGUGCUGAGCUUAUAGCUAAUAUUGCUCUAUGCCCCUUUGAGGCGGUAAAAGUGCGAAUGCAGACUACAAUUCUGCCUUUUGCAACUAGGAUGUUUUCUGCUAUCUCUCAUAUCACUGCAAAAGAAGGUAUAGCAGGUCGGACUACAACAAAGGGGUAUAAACUGCCAUUGCUUUUACUAGUGGAUACUUGGUUGGUAUUCUUUAUAUAGCCGUCUCCCACCUGGCAGACGUUAUAGUGAGCAAGCUUAAUGCUAAUCAAAUGCCCGGAGAGGCUUUCGGGGCUACUAUAGCCCGUAUCUAUAAAUAAAUCGAAUUCGUCGGGUUGUGGAAUAGCCUCCCUAUUAGGAUUGUUAUAGUGGGAACUCUAGUAUAUAUUACCCUGGGCAAGCCAGAUCUGAAUAUUUGCUAAUAUAUCUGUGUACACAAGAUCGGUCUUCAAUAGAUAAUGUAAGUGCAACCGACUUCGACAAGUCGAUAGGUUUAGUCAACGCCGUGCUAACUAUUCUACUCUAGUUACGAUUCAUUCAAGAUCUUUAUGGGCCUUCCAACUACGAGUAGCCCAACGCCCGCCAAACAAACAUCGUGA